AUGUCGCCUUUUAAAGUGAAUGUGUUAACUGGUUUUAUUGGAGACGUUCCAGUUAUGUUUGCUAAACCCCAAACUUUCGUGAAUGCAAGUGAUCAGUCUGUUGGGGCUAUUGUAUCGUAUUACAAGAUUCCAUUAAAGCAAGUACUCGCGAUUUUUGACGACUUAGAUUUGCCAUUUGCAAAGUUGCGGCUUUUGCCUAAAGGUGGCCAUGGAGGACACAACGGAAUGAGGAUUAUCAUCGAUCACUUCAAAGGGAACCGUGAUUUUCCUCAUUUAAGAAUUGGCAUUGGAAGGCCACCUGGGAAAAUGGAUCCAGUCAACUUUGUUCUUCGCCCAUUCAAUAAACUAGAACGUGAAGAGUUGAACUUCACAUUUCAACAUGGCCUGGAAGCAGUACGGAUUCUUUUGCUGGAGGGGUUUAAUAACAGUGCCUCAUUUGCUAACAGUGCCAAAACCCUGGAACAACUUGGUUAACUUCAGGCGCAAAUUGUAAUUACUGGCU